ACGAUGAUGAGGAUUUAGUCUCGGAUGGGCGCUACGCUGCAAAGCAUCGCAAGGCUGCAGAAUACCGCUAUUUCACAGUGUCUCUCGCGAUAUAAAUAUCGCGGUUAUCUAUCGGUUAUGUGUGGCACGUGAUUGCUCACGAGUUUCGCGUGAAAAGCCGUCGCUAAAUUGGUUCAAAUAAUAAUGCAACAACAACAACAAAACAAGCAAUAAAGAUCAAUUGAUUGCAUAAAGAUCAUUCAUAAAAAUAGUUCAAAUAAAUUGUGAAAAUUAUUAAAAGUAAAUAAAGUGUGUUUAUUGUGUCAAAAUAAAAGAAAACUACAAAUACAAUUUAUGUUUUAGUGCAGUUUUCUGCACAAUCGAAUUGUGAAAGGAUGAACCAGCUGUGCAAAGUAUGCGGCGAACCGGCGGCUGGUUUUCAUUUUGGAGCAUUUACUUGUGAAGGUUGCAAGUCGUUUUUUGGACGCACUUACAACAACAUUGCGGCAAUUGCCGGUUGCAAGCACAACGGCGACUGCGUGAUCAACAAAAAGAAUCGCACGGCGUGCAAAGCCUGCCGACUGCGCAAGUGUCUCCUGGUGGGCAUGUCCAAGAGCGGAUCGCGCUAUGGCCGACGCUCCAACUGGUUCAAGAUCCACUGUCUGCUGCAGGAGCAGCAAGGCGGCUCAGCGAGCGCGGGCAAUGGCAACGGCAGCGUUGGCAAUGCGAAUCUGGAUCAAUUGGCGCGACUGCAGCAGGCGAGCAAUCAGGCGCGUCAAACGUAUCAGGACAAAACGAAUCCCUGCAUCAAAUCGGCCACAGCAGCGACGCCGCCCAGCAGCAUGACGCUGCAAUCGGCGGCGUCAGCGGCAACGGCAGCCGCCUCAGCCGGUGCCUCGUCGCCCAGUCUGCCUGGCUUUCUGCAGGCAGCAAAAUAUCUGAAUGAGCAACAGCAACAACAGCAGCAGCAACGUCAGCUGAAGCUCGAGUCCCGCCUCAGCAAUACGCCCAGCGAUUCGGGCGCCUCCUCGGCCGGCGAUCCCACGGAUGAUGGCACCAGCGUGUUGAGUGCCACGACAAGCAGCAUACGCAAAGCGCUGCGACCAAGCAGCUCCACAUAUGCGGGCAGCUCCGAGGCUGAUUUGAUGGAGCAACAGCAGCGGCGACACAAAGAGCUGCUCGACAUCUUUCGCAGUCACUCGGAGCCGUUGUACAGCUCGUUCACGCCAUUCACAUUACCACCCACGCUGGUGGGCAGCAACAUGCCACCGUUGCCCAUCUUCAAGGAACAAUUCAAAUCGGAGCUGUUGUUUCCCUUCCCCGCCGCAAGUCCAGCGGAGGAGGAGGAGCAACCCAUUGAUUUAUCGCUGCGAUCGCGCUCGGAUGUGGUUAGUCCGGUGGCCAAUAGUUCCAAUAGUAGUCCGCUCAGCGAGUCAGCCAACCUGCCAUCCGUUUCGUCCUCCUCCACGACAACAUUUGUACGCAAGUCGACGCCGCUUGAUCUGACGCUAGUGCGUUCCCAAACGCUGACAGGAUGAGGAUCACAGCUAGCUAGCCUGGAAUUCAUUAGAGAGUGCCAUGGGUCACACACUCACACACACACACACACAUAUAUAGUUGGGGUCGUUUGUAGCACAGUCACUCUGUAAUCGCCUCCGUACUACCGUAAAAAAAAUAUUAUAUUUAAUAUUGGUGCCAGUGAAAGUAUGUACAAAUAAUUUGUUUUUAGCUCAAUUCAAACGCAUUGAAACGCACUUCAAAUCAAGCAUAAUUAAUGCAAUAAUUGUGUUUAGCCAAAUUUUCAAUUGACUGUCAUUUGCAUUGUGUUUUUGAUUAUUACAUAUUAUUAUUUUACGUAAUUUAUUUAAGCCCGUAUUUAUAGCAAUUAAUUUAAUUCGUCAUCUUAGUAGUAUGUGUUGUUUUCGCCAAUUGAACUUUCUGUUUGUUUUUUACUUUUAAAUAAUUUAUUCAGUAGACACUUAAGCAAUGAAAACACAAUUGUAAGCGACAGCAAAGAAAUGAUACAAAUAAAAGAAAAGAAAA